UUGCAACCAGGGAACUCGCUAAUCGGCUCUCGUUUCUUUCUUGUUUUCCUUGAUAUUUAUCGUUAUCUUUACUUCCAUACUUCUAGUGUGUUUGUAUUCUAUAAUUCUUUAACUGAACAGAAUGUUGGUUACAGUUUGUAUUGCGGGUGCAAUUGCAUUCAUUGCAGUGUAUCGAGAAAUUCGUCGUGCAUUAUGUCAAGCCUUUGGACGAAAGCUUAUGCAACGAGUAGCUCAACGUAAAGCCGAUAUAUAUGAGAAAGUGGGAGUUGUCCCUAAAAUUGCUCGUACCGUUGGAUUUUUCCAUCCUUACUGUAAUGCCGGAGGAGGUGGAGAACGUGUUUUAUGGACCGCUGUUAAGUCUGUCCAAACAGAUUUUCCCAAUGUUAUUUCGCUUAUCUAUACUGGAGAUGCUGUAUCUUCUGAAGAAGCUCUUGGUAGGGUUAAGACGACGUUUGAAAUUGAAUUGGAUGCUUCUAAAGUGAUUUUUGUUCCUUUGAAGCUUCGCUUUUUGGUUUCCCCUUCUGUUUGGCCUCGCUUCACAUUACUAGGUCAAUCUUUGGGUAGCAUGGUUUUGGGUUUGGAAGCAAUCUGCCGUUUUGCUCCUGAUAUCUUCAUAGAUACGAUGGGUUAUGCCUUUACUUUUGUCGUUGUUAAGGAAUUUUUAAAUAUUCCUGUCGGCGCUUAUGUUCACUAUCCAACAAUUUCCAGCGAUAUGUUGAAAUCUCUGAAGAAGGUUUCUCUUGUUGGUAAAGUCAAGGGCGCUUAUUGGAAAUGGUUUGCUAAAAUUUACAGCCAAGCAGGUCGUCAUGCAAACUUUGUGAUGACUAAUUCUUCCUGGACACAAAAUCAUAUUGCAUCCUUAUGGGGUAAAGACAUUAAUUUGUCUGUAGUGUUUCCGCCUUGCAAUACCUCAGAACUUGAAAAGGUCGAUAUUUUCCAUCCACGGGAACCAAACUUACUAUAUCUUGCUCAGUAUCGCCCGGAAAAGAAUCAUGAAGAUUUACUUCGCAGUUUCGCUCUAUAUGUACAACAACAUCCAGAGUCUCCUGCUAAACUUUUACUUGUUGGAAGUGUACGCAAUGAAACUGAUAUAAAGCUAGUAGAAUCUUUGAAAGGACUUGCUCAAGACCUUAAAGUAUUCGAGAAAAUUGAAUUUAUUGUAGAUGCUCCAUGGCCUAAAGUGGUUGAGUACCUUGGAACCUGCUCGGUAGGGGUUAAUUAUAUGUGGAAUGAACACUUUGGUAUCGGAGUUGUUGAAUACAUGGCGGCUGGCUUAAUUCCUGUUGUUAAUAAUUCAGGUGGGCCCAAGUUCGACAUAGUCAUUCCUUGGAUAGGAAAACCCACAGGAUUUCAUGCGUCUACUGUAGCAGAAUAUGCUGAAGCGUACCAUAAAGCAUUAACUCUUAGCCCUCAAGAACAACAGGAAAUGCGCGUUAAUGCCCGAUCUGCUUGUGCUCGGUUCGGUGAACAUGUGUUUAUGCGUGAUUUCGGGGAUGUAUUUGCCAAACUUUUACGGGAAGUGUAUGCAAAAGAUUAAGCAUGAUUUUUUUUAUCUUCAAACGUAUAAAGUUCUACCCAUCUAAAUACUUAAAUGUUGUUGUGGGAUCUCGCCCUUUAA